UUGGUGGCGUAGUGUGGACGGAGAUAUGUUCAGAAACGCUAGUUGAUACGCUAGUGUGGACACGGACGCCGUUUUAAACUAAAACACAGUGUAAACGGGGCCUUAGUGGCUCUUUAAGUGCAUGAACUUUUUCAGAAAAUCUGAAAACAUUUUCUGCAUGAGCUAAUCCUUUAAAUGAAAUCUUCCUUCAGAUCUGCAUCAACUAACCCUUGUGUUUUUUUUCUUUUUAGCUUGCUUCAACUGCCGAACCGAUGUUAAAAGAAGUGGCGUAUAUGCUCAGGCUUCAGCGUCCGCCAUUGUGCAAAAACGUGAUCCAAAUGUACGAGUGGUUUGAAGAACCUGGAAGCUAUUCAUUGGUCAUGGAGUACCCCAAGCCUUGUGAAUCCCUGUGGGACUUUGUAAGCAAGCAGGAUAAGCUGACCGAGCCUGUGGCACGUGGCCUCGUGCGUCAGAUAGUCCUGGCAGUCCAGCAUUGCAUUGACAAAGGCGUUGCGCACAAUGACCUGCAUGGCAACAACAUCCUGGUCAACACAAGGACGAGGCAGAUCAAGCUGAUCGACUUCGGCCGCGCUUACAAAGUGGAAAGUGGAAACUACAAAAAAGCCGUCUUCACCAGUACAAGGGCUAUAGGCUACCUGCUGUGUUACAUGGUGACCGGAGACUUGCCAAAUGACUUCGAUAAUGCCAAGCGCAGGAUUUUGCUCACGCCCGGCUUAACCAAUGACUGCUGUAAACUGAUCAAAAAGUCUCUGAGCCAAACGAUGACACUUAAACAGUUCUUACAAUAUAACUGGAUGAAGUGACACUGGAUGAAGACGAGACGCGAUACAGAUGAAGUAUAGACUUCACACUUUAAAUGCAAAAGGGUUUUCUAUAAAAAAAACCUCAUAAAAACCAACACAAACUGCAAAUGGAAAAAAGAAGAACUCGCAUCUAACUGAUCCAGAACCAGGACCUGAUGAAAAGUUUGUCCUGGGACCCAAACACUGCAUCGUCAUCAAUCCCAGGAAAAUGCCUCUUCUGUGCAGUUAGAAAUGGAAACCUGUGGUGGACUCUGAGGAUGCAUUUCGAGGAGGACAUGUUGUUUUCCUAGAGGAUGAUAAUGAUGAUAAUGAAACACCAGCACUAGUACAAUGCAUUGGAUCAGGUUUAUAUGAUAAGCAGAAGGUUUUAAAUACAAAUUGUUAGACAUUCCUAGGCUAAAACAAUGUGUAUUUUUUUUAAUUGGCGAAAAAAAUCCACUGAACACAAAUAAAAAUAUUUUAAGGUGAAAUCGGAGAGCUCCCUCAUCCUCCAUAGACAGCAACAGCCCCAAGUUGCUCAGAAACAAAGUCCAGAAACUACCAGAAAAACAAUCUGGCAUUUUUCAGGACUUUAAGGAUGAGGGAGCUCUCAGAACUAGCGAUAUAAGAAAUGAGCUAGGAGGAGUAGGGGGUGGUGGAGGGUCUUUUUCUUUCUCAGUUUGUGUUGUGGAUGGAAGUGUACAUUACUAACACUGACCCUUAAAGUAAUUGUAGAUUUCUAAUGAUUUUUGGACAGUCCUAGGCUGAAAUGAGCAUGCUUUUUUUUUUAAUGGGCGAAAACAUCCCCUAAAAACACAAACAAAAAUAUUUUUAGGUGAAAUCGGAGAGCUCCCUCAUCCUCCAGAGACAGCAACAGCCCCAAGUUGCUCAGAAACAAAGUCCAGAAACUACCAGAAAAACAAUCUGGUAUUUUUCUGGACUGCGAGGGUGAGGGAGCUCUCAGAAUUACCGAUAUUAGAAAUGAGUUAGGAGGAGUAGGGGGUGGUGGAGGGCCUUUUAAUUACAAUACAUUUGCAGUUUUGGAUGAACUGCCUAUUUAAGCGAUAGAAUUAGUGGAUUUCAGCAUGGUAAUAAGGUGCUGUGUGCUUGCUCAUUAAAUUAAAUAAUAUCAAUUUCAUAAAAAGUUACUGGAAAGUUAAGAAAACCAAAUCCUGUUUCAUCAUUAGAACAUGGAGGAGCUAACAAAAAUGAUGUACGGGUUUUGCUUCUCUUAUAAAUCUGACUUAAUGCAUUGCGACCCAGGCUAAAGUACUGGGGAAUUCAGAAUGCCGGUGUUCAACUCUUUCAGGGUGGAUUUAUUUAAUCAUCAUCCUUAUAACCUCUGGAGAAACAACACAUCCUCUUCAAAUGAUGUUUCCAUCAAUAUCUUGGAGAAUCAGCAUUAAAGAGUUUCUUCUGUUUAAAAGUUUUUUUCUGAAUAAAUUGAAGGGAUGAUACAACAUUCUUGCCUAAAAAGCCUGAA